GCCCAGCGGAAAAUAAAGAAAUGGCGGUAAACGCAGUGCGGCAGCAUGUGGCACGCUGCACUCAACCCCAUGGGCCCUCAGUAGGACGGAAGCGGCGCAGCACAGAACCGCCUCACGCGCUCACAUCCUGUGUGUCUCUGCAGGCGGAACGGCUCACAUUCCUCCGGCUCGGCAGAGAGCGGCUGGACGCACCUGCGUGCGGACCUCGGCAUCGCGGACACCACUUCCCCUUGUGGUUUUCUCUAACGGUUACGUAUCCUUCGGUCGGCAAUCGGCGUUGGUCAACGGCGUGGCCUCUUCCCCUCCUCCUCCUGUGGCACCAGGGCACCAUCGCCCAUGAUGAACGGCACCGACUACAAUGACAACUUCCAAAUGAGCUUCCUGCCUCCCAUGUACGGGAUCGAGUUUUUGGUGGCGCUGCUGGGAAACGCGCUCGCGCUCUGGCUCAUGGUGACGCGCGAGCGCCGGGACUGGCACACGGGUGUGGUCUUCUCCUGCAACCUGGCCAUCAGCGACCUGCUCUAUAUCUUCACCCUGCCGCUGAUGGUCGUCUACUACGUGCGCGGCAAAAACUGGUCUUUCGGCUCAGCUGCCUGCAAAGCCGAGCGCUUCCUGUUUACUUGCAACCUCUAUGUGAGCAUUCUAUUCAUCAUGUGCAUCAGCCUCAACCGCUACGUGGCCAUCGUGCACCCCUUCUUCGCGCACCGGCGCGUGCGGCCCGUCCACGCCAAGGUGGCCAGCUUGAGCGCGUGGCUGCUGGUGUUGCUCAUUUCGACGCCGGUCCUGCAUUUCGCUGGCACGUGCCCCAGCUUGGACUCCAGCAAAACGGAGUGCGUGUCCUCCUGUCAGCACGACAACCACAAAGUCCAGUUCUGCUACAACGUCUUCCUGGCCACGUUGGGCGGCCUGUUGCCAUUCCUGCUCACCCUGCUGUCGUAUGGAGCCAUCGUGUGGGUCGUGUGCAAGAACCACAACAUCACGGCACUGGAGAAGAGGAAGGUGGCCACGCUGGUGGCCUCCGUGCUGGUAGUGUACGCCGUGUCCGUGGUGCCCUACCUCAUCCUGCGCAACGUGCACCUCUACAACAAGAUGUGGAAGCAGAUCAGUCCCAGGAGCUACAACGCCUACCAGGUGACCAAGGGCCUGGUGACCUUCAGCACGUGCGUCCACCCCAUCCUCUACAUGGCCGUGUUCGACAGCAUUCGCACCGUGUGCUGCGGGGCGAAUGGAGGCGGCCAGCCCCAGAAAAGGGGAGGGGUGGCCCCCGAGAGCCGGCCCGUGUGAACGACAGCCACCUGGAGGGUUUGAUCACUGCGCCCCGGUGAGGGAUCCCAGCGCUUGUGCAGCAGGACCUUCGCGUUGUCAGAUUCGUGCAACCUGCAGGACGCGGAUCUGGCAGGGAUUUCGGGAGCUCAGCAGAUGCGUCAACUCUUUUACAGUGUUACAGAGCGUAGCAUUCGCCCUUGUGGCUCGUCGUAUCUGUCCUUACAGUGUUGUCACUUUCACCCUAACCAGCCCAUAAGUAUUCAUGACAUUUCAGACUG